AUGGUUUGGGUUGAGGAGCAGUGUAAUAACAAGCAAGGAAAAAAGUCUUCCAGAAACUCAAAUCCCUCCAAGCGACAAAAGCCUGUCUCUGUGGAGAACCCAGACUCUGCCCCACCCCCUUUGGUCUUGGGACACGACAAGCUCACCAUGUGGAAAGAAAACUCAUACUUUGACUUAAAUACCCAAACAGGCCUCAAGGGAGUUAUCAACAUUGAUGAGUGUAAAGAAAUGUAUGAUGUUGUUGGAAAGAUAUUAUUUCUAAGAGGACAAGGCGCCCAAUCUCCAGGAAGAAAGGCAUAUAAUUCAGCCGAGCUUGCCAAGCCUGGACUAGAGUAUGUCAGAAAGAGAAACAUGAUGCUCAAGGAAUGGGUUUAUGAUCAGACGAAUGACUUAUUCAAUUUUGACAACAUUGACCUGGUGAAACAGCCACUGGGGGUAACAGCCUCAGACGACUCCGCUCAGCGUGCCAGAGAUGUCCUUCAUUCCCUCAACAAUCCGAAGCCAGAAAUCUACGCUGCACAAAUCAUCCUUGCUUCAGUUGUUGUCAUUGGCUCUGAAACAGAUUCCAAGCCUAAACCGAUGGAACUGAAUGAAGACACCAAUCUUUCCGAGUCUGUCAAGAUGGCCAUCAAUUGUGCCAAAUACUAUCAGAAAUUAAAGCCUGGCAACACACACCUUGAGUUCGAUGAUGGCGCAUGUACAGAGAAUAGUUUUAAAUGCUUGGAUUUCCUGAUCACAAGGUGUUAUGGGGCAGCUGCAGGAGGCGCAUCAAUCUGUUGUGCUCUCAGGCAUUUUGGACAAUCUUCUCACACUCCCAAAUCGGACAAGAACUUCAAAGACGUCACGGAGAAGCUCAAGGCCGCAUUGGAACCGGAAACCUUGGCACCAAUCCUCCACUUUCUAGCUGGGGGUGUGCAAUCUUUGAUCUCAUACCCACAAGACUUUAGUAGAGACAUUACCAAGACGAAACUCAUGCACUUUAUGAUCUUACUGAACCAAUUGAUUAUAAACAAACCCAUCACCGAGACAGUAUGGCAAAGAACUCAGGACUUGAUCAACAAUUUUCUGACUCAAGCUCUCUUUCCGGAAGGCAUCAACAAGGACAUCUGCAAGAAAGGUCUACCAACUGCUGUCAAUGUUUGGGCACAGCGUGAAAUACUGCGUUGGAACUUGGCUCAUGCCAUCAAACUUGAUUUUGAUGACUUUUGUGUGAAUCAUCAAGCAGAACAUCCUGAUAAAUCUUCACCGUUUCACCUGCCUAGUAAUCUAAGAUUGCUACUGGACUGUCGGCUUACACCAUAG